AUGUUUCAACCUACACCGAAGAGGUGUUUUACUAUAGAAUCGUUGGUAGCGAAGGAUAAUCCUCUACCAGUGUCUAGGUCUGAGGAGCCCAUACGACCAGCGGCUCUGAGCUAUGCAAACUCCAGCCAGAUGAAUCCAUUUCUGAACGGGUUUCAUUCCAGCGGCAGGGGCGUCUACUCUAAUCCGGACUUUGUGUUCGCUGAGGCGGUCUCACAUCAGAACAACUCCGGUGUCCCAGUUCAUUCGGUGCCACCUCCACAUGCUUUGGCUCACCCACUUUCAUCCUCACACAGUCCGCACCAUCUUUUUGCCAGCCAGCAAAGGGACCCCUCAACUUUUUACCCAUGGUUAAUACAUAGAUAUAGGUACUUGGGUCACAGAUUCCAAGGUAGGUUGAAGUUAAAUUAGUCUCUAACGCAUUUAUUACGUAUUUAUGCUGUUUAGCCCUUUUGGAUGUUCCAUAGCAUUUCUGUAGACCAAUAUAAAAUGUAAUUAUGAGAAUAAAGAAACGAAUGCUAAAUAUCAGUGAGCUAUCGAAUUUUGGAAAUAUAUGGGCUAUCGCCAUGUCUGGAACAGUUUUAGAAACUGUUUUUGUCUGUUAUAAUUAGAACACUGUUCAACUGGAAUAGACUAGCGGACUUUUAGUAGCCUAAUGUAGGGCAUAGUAUUUCUCAAUGUGGCGACACGGGUUCACAUUUAUUUUGCUGGUAGCCUAUAGCCUAUAAUUUUACAUUUUGUUAAAAAAGGAAUUGCAAAGAGUGUACUUUUAAAAAGUCCGUUUGCAUCUAAAACAGUUAAAUGAAACAAAAAGAAGCAUAAAACCUUACAACUGGAAUGUGUAGGCCUAUAUAAUUAAUUGGCUUGUUAUUUUGAAUAAAAUGGUUGAAAAAUAAUGAUUUAAUUAGACCUAGUUAUUUACUUCAUUUUCACUUCAAUCUUCUUAUAUUUAACCUGAAUGCAAAUCAACUUAACUACAUUGAUAGAUGCCCGUGUAAUUUAUUGCAAUCAUCUGUGCCAAGGAAUAGGCUAUGGGUCGUAUUUGUGGGCUAUGCUUUUAUAGCCCAAACUGCUGUUUAAGAAAUUGUACACAAUGCACUUUUAAAAAUCGCACUAUUCAUUUAUCUGCCCCCAAAUUGGACUGCCAUUUUAAAACGUUAUAUUUUUUUGCUGAUGGAUGCACAUAAUCUUUUCCUGAAAACAGUGACAUGCAAAUGGUAUAAUAACUGAACGAUCUUUUUUCGUUUGGAACGAAUAAUAGUUAUUUUAAUUGUAAGGGUCUUGAUAAUAAUUAUGACAAAAUUUUAUUCUCCACCAUAUACUUACAUUGUACCAGUGACUGUAGGCUAAUGUAACAAAUAUAAGUUCGAAAAGGGUUAGCCUAUAGAGGCUUCUAGGCCACUUUGCGAUUGUAGACCAUUGUGUUGCUAUUUUUGUAGGCCUAGUGUUUUUAGUAUUACCAAAGACUGUAUCAAAACGGCACUUAAUUUAGCCACUGCAUAGCCCUGUUGUUGCCAUUUGAAGAAUAUAAACUGUAUCAAUUUGCUAUUGUUACAAUUAUUGCAAAAAAUUGUCAAGGUGUUGCUUAUGACUAAAUUGGUCUCAAUGUUCAAUUGAGUGUUGCCGUAGACUUUAGUUAAAAGUUAAAGGCCCAAGUCUGCGGUAUAGCCAAAAUAUGAGCAUAGCAUCAUCUUCUCUUUAGCCUCAGUUUGCAACAUAAGAGUGGUCAUAAUUAAUAUCCCUCCCAUUGUCGUUUUCAGGUAACGAAACAAGCCCGGAGAGCUUCCUUUUGCACAAUGCACUGGCCAGAAAGCCCAAAAGAAUUCGGACAGCUUUUUCCCCUUCGCAACUUCUGCGGCUUGAGCACGCGUUUGAAAAAAACCAUUACGUCGUAGGUGCCGAACGAAAACAGCUUGCGCACACCCUUAGCCUCACAGAAACUCAGGUAAGAAAAUGAAUUGAAUAUUCACAAGUUUAUCGUUAAAUCCGCAUUAGGCCUACUUUGAAUAGGGAAUGGAUUUAAAAGAUGAUCAUGUCAAGUUGCAUCAGACCUGACAUGACGCACAGGUUUGUGGGGUGUUUUUCAAGGGGUGUUUAUAGCCUGUAGGCCUACCUAUUUUAGGCUAUAGGACAACAAUAGCCUACUUGUUUUGGUGUUGGAUACGGAAUCUGUGAAUAUGCUACAUUUUCUUUGAAUAGGCUAAUUACUUAUUGGGAAUUCAUAUGCUUGCCUAUAAGUGACAUUACGGGAAUUAUUAAACAUUUCUUGAAAACACGACAGUGUGUUGUCUAUUGGGGGAAACUGCACACAUGCUAUGGUUAAUCCGUAUAGCAAGUCAAAUUUAUGAAUUUCACAUGCAGGCCUAAAUGCUAUUCUAGUUUAAGAAUUGAAAUGAAGGGGGGAAACCGACAGAAAUGAAAACACAAGUUUAUUCAUUUUUCAAAGUUAGGCCUACUAUUGGAUUGACCUGUAAACCCACAGUUUCAGAGAGACAAAAUAAUAAAUGUAUACACCACCAUCGGCCUUGAGGCUUUUAGUUGGAUCAAAUCCAUGAUCAUUGUACAACCUCGUUGGGUUGAAUUACUUUGUUUUGGGAGAAAAAGGUUUCCAUUCAACAUGGAGGUUAUUUAACCAGUUAACCAUUUCAUAGGAUCUAUGGCACGCUAAAAAGAAUGAGCAGGACUCCAUGAAUUUCCCUGGCCACAUUUAAGAUCGUAUUUGUGCCUGUCAGCUUGUGGAACGGUCGGUGUCUUUUGUCCCAGUGUCACCACCGGCUCUUCUCUAAACGGAGGUUUUCAGAGGGGAAUGAGGGAGAAAUUAACCAUCACCCACUUCAAUUAGCUGACUGAAAGCACAUUAAAUGCACCUCACUUGCCAAGCUGUCAGACGGAUGGCUUGUAUAUAUUAAUAUUGCCCACUAGCCUAUUGAUACGCAUUUACAAAAGGCUUAAAAUUAACAAGCAAUGUGGCUUUUAAAUUUUUUGGGAAAUUAUUAGAAAUUAAAUUAAACUUAUUUAGAAUGCGUUGCAUAUUCAUGAGCCUAUUUGCACCAGUUUUUUUUUGUUCGACCAAGGGGACGUCCAUUUCUGGUAAUUGGCUUAUGUUUGUAAUAUAAAAAUAGAGGAGGCACUACAUGCAGUUUUUGACCAAGGCUAUAUCCCAUCUUAAAAUAACCGUACUUCUAGCCUAACUUGUAAGACCUUUUGGGCCUAUAGCAUUGGGCAGAUUUUCACACGGCGAUCUAUGAGAGCCUAUGCAAAAAUGUAAGGCCUUUGCACUCCUAGUGUAGCCUAUGCUUGUAUCUCUUUUGCAGUUCUGCUAUUUGAAUUCUCACUUUACGCACAUGAAUGGAUUUUGUUUAGUAUUUUGGUAUUUAUUGUGGCCUUUAUUUAUUUCCCUUAGGUAAAAGUGUGGUUUCAGAACCGAAGAACCAAGUUCAAGCGGCAAAAGUUGGAGGAGGAGGGUUCAGAUUCGCAACAGAAGAAGAAGGGGACCCAUCACAUAAACCGAUGGAGACUCGCAACUAAACAAGGAUCGGGAAGCCCGGAUGAAAUUGAUGUAACUUCAGACGAUUAA